UUUGCCAAGCUAAAAAAGACCAUAGAGCCAUUAAACUGUGCAACAGAGUACCUACAUUUUAAUUUUUAGUUUUUACUUGACUUUCGUGAAAAUAGUUUUUUUCACGAUCUUUGUUUCCUCUUAAACUAAAAUGAUAAUUUGAAGACGAUUAAGAAAAAUACAUAAACUCGCAUUUAAAAAAACUAAGGGUUAAGUAAAAAAAUGGCUAUUUCCGCUGUUUUGCGACGAACUAUUAUUAAUGGCACAGUUUAUUCAGCAGCUGCGUUACGUUUUGCCUCUACUCAGCCUGAGAAGAAAGUAUACUUUGAUGUGACUGCAGAUGGUGAGCCCUUGGGUCGGAUUGUUAUGAAACUUAACACUGAGGAAGUACCUAAGACUGCUGAGAAUUUUAGAGCAUUAUGCACAGGUGAAAAAGGGUUUGGUUACCAAGGUUCAUCAUUCCACAGAAUUAUUCCUAACUUUAUGUGCCAAGGUGGAGACUUUACUAAUCACAAUGGCACUGGUGGAAAGUCUAUCUAUGGUAGAACUUUCCAAGACGAGAACUUUAAGUUAAGGCACACUGGUCCAGGUAUAUUGUCCAUGGCAAAUGCAGGUCCCAAUACAAAUGGUUCACAAUUCUUUAUAACAACUGCUGCCACCCCAUGGCUAGAUAGGAAACAUGUUGUUUUUGGUUCAGUUGUUGAUGGAUUGGAUGUUGUAACUAAAAUGGAAAGUCUUGGAUCAAAAAGUGGAAAGCCCUCAAAGAAAGUCAAAAUUGAAAAGUGUGGUGAGUUAGAAAUUUAGAAAAUCUAUAUUCAUAUAGGUUGCUUCACAUAAAGAGACCUCUUACAAUCAACUUGAGCAGUACAAAAUGUGUACAAUAGCAAAUGAGUAUGAUUCUCUGAAUAAAUGGUGUGAUUAAAUUAGACUUAGUAUAAACCUUAUGUUACAAUGAAACAAAAGGUUUAAACUGGUAUUCUCAUAUAAUUUUUAUAAAUUGCAUUUAUUUAAAGAGCUCUUUUUAUGUGAUGAACAGUUUACAUAACUUGGUUUGUAUAAAAAUGUAGUUAGUGUUAUGUAAUUGUUUACUCAAAAUAUUAAAAAGUUAAAUCAAG